AGUGCAUCAUGUGUGCCGAAGUAUAUCCAACAUGCGAUCCUAAUUCUAAGUGUUAUGUUUGGAGGCAAGAUUGUUUUACAUGCGCUCAAUCUAGAUGCGUUCCUGAAAAUUAUGAUCAGGAAGGAUAA